CUUAAACUCACCCUUAGCUCUCAAUUCUGCUCAGUCGUCGUGUUGGAGCCACAUCGGCGGCAGUUUGCGAAUUUUAUCAACCCCUAACUCCUAGCACUUCUUACGAUGGUGUACACACGUCCAUCCUCGAUUCCUCUGCCCACGGUCUGGCGCCGCUUCACCGCGCGCGGCGCCGCGCUCAGGGUGCAGGACAUGACGGACGACCAGCUCGAGCCGGCCGUGCAGCUGCUCCUCAAGUACUUCACUGCUGACGAGCCGCCUUGCAAGUACAUUGAAAUCAACAAGCAUCCAGGAGCUCUCGCCGAGUUGGAGAAGUUGUGGAGGAACACCAUCAAAGACCGAAUAUCCGUGGUCUGUGUGGAGGAUAGAGAUGAACCGACGGACAUAAUAGGAGUUAACGUUCUCACCGUGUGUUCUAAAAGUGAUAAAGAAGAGGAAUUUCAGACGGAUGACAGAAUCUGGGCUAAGCUUUUCGGUGCAGUGGACCUGGUGGGUAGGAGUGUGGACAUUUUCGAGAAAUUUGGUGUGGAGCAGUACCUCACUGCGUACGGGCUGGUGGUGGCGCCACAGUGGCGAGGCUGCGGGGUUGGGAAGGAGAUACUUCUGGCUCGUAUACCGCUGUGCAAAGCUCUCGGCGUGAAAGUGACGGCCACAGUGUUCACGGCAGCAGCGUCCCAGGCAGUAGCACGGAAGGCAGGCUUCCAGGACCUGUUCCAGAUAUCCUACGAGGAGCUGGCCAAGCGAGGCUUCAGCUUUCCUGGAGUCGACGAGAACACUAAGUAUUCUAAGCUCAUGGCUUUGGAGAUUAUUUAAAUUAUACUUACAAAUCUAUUUCAUCUAAUACAUUUAUAUACUUAGUACUUACCCACCUAUAUCACACGACAGGUUGAGUUGGC